AUGGUUACCAAGAUUGGUAUCAACGGCUUCGGUCGUAUUGGAAGAAUUGUCUUCCGUAACGUCAUUGAGCACGCCGAGGCCGAGGUCGUUGCUGUCAACGACCCUUUCAUUGAAACCAACUAUGCCGCCUACAUGCUCAGAUACGACUCUCAGCAUGGCCAGUUCAAGGGCACCAUUGAGGUUGAUGGCAAGGACCUCAUCGUGAACGGCAAGCGAGUCCGCUUCUACCAGGAGAAGGACCCUUCCAACAUCCCGUGGUCUGAGACUGGAGCCUGGUACAUUGUCGAGUCGACCGGUGUCUUCACGACCACGGAGAAGGCCUCUGCUCACCUGAAGGGCGGUGCCCACAAGGUCAUCAUCACCGCUCCCUCUGCGGAUGCCCCCAUGUUCGUCAUGGGUGUCAACCACGAGACCUACACCAAGGACAUCAAGAUUCUCUCCAACGCCUCCUGCACCACCAACUGUCUGGCUCCUCUUGCUAAGGUCGUUAACGACAAUUGGGGUCUGGUUGAGGGUCUCAUGACCACCGUCCACGCCUACACUGCUACCCAGAAGACCGUCGAUGGUCCCUCUGCCAAGGACUGGCGUGGUGGCCGUACCGCCGCUCAGAACAUCAUUCCUAGCAGCACCGGGGCUGCCAAGGCUGUUGGAAAGGUCAUUCCUUCUCUCAACGGCAAGCUGACCGGCAUGUCCAUGCGUGUCCCCACCUCCAACGUGUCUGUGGUCGACCUGACCUGCCGCACUGAGAAGCCCGUCUCCUAUGACGAGAUCAAGGCUACCUUCAAGAAAUACGCUGAGGGCGAGCUGAAGGGCAUCCUUGGAUACACUGAGGACGACGUUGUCUCCUCCGACAUGAACGGAGACCCUCGCUCGUCUAUUUUCGAUGCCAAGGCCGGUAUUGCUCUGAACCCCAACUUCAUCAAGCUGGUUGCUUGGUACGACAACGAGUGGGGUUACUCCCGCCGUGUUGUUGACCUCCUGGUCCACGUCGCCAAGGUCGACGGCAACAACUAG